GUCAACAAAUUAAUUUGAACGGAAGUAUUGUUGAAUUGGUUGCAUGCCUCCAGCAAAAUGCGUAAAACUCAGGCACGAAGAAGCAGCCCCAUGUGGUACACUGCGGCAUCGGAGUACGCAAAGAAGUGCCAAAGACGACUUCAUAAGACAGAAACCAGCAGUCGGGCUUGGAACGAAAGCUUUGUCGGGCAUGGCAACCGAUUGCGUGUUGUUGAAGGUACUAUCAGGAACAGAGCAUCUGGAUGGUGUCGUCCACGUAAUUCGAUAAUGAGAAACGAGUACUUGUUACCGAAGGCGAGAAACCCAACAGCCGCAUCUUCUUCAUCUCCUGAUAUGGUGCAUAAUUUAAGGGAACCGUGGUAUAAUAGCAAUAAAUUUGUAAUAAAGUUACCAUCCAUGGUAAAUAGAUUCGAAACUGCCUCACAAUCCGAUGAAGACAAUGAGUCCAACGCUGAAACUUAUACACCAUUCAACGUUGCAAAAAACCAACAAGCCAACCAGUUUAUGAUUAAAGGUUCAGCAAUGUUAUUGCAAUCGAAUAGGAUGCCGCUUAUCAUGGUGCAUUCCAAAUCAAAGCACAGUUCCCCUUCUGUUACCCCAAACAUCAAGAAACCGCCGAAUGAAAGCUUAAGAUUGUUUGGGUCGCAAGGAGAAGCAGCUGAAGAUGAUCCUGCUAACAGCGAGCAAGACGAUGCUGGAUUAGCUGUUGCAGGCGCAAUUGAGUCCAAAGAUAAUAAUACUGCAAUGAAAACAGUUGUUGCAAAAAAUUCCAAAUUUGAUGAAUUUAAGUGUAAGCUUCCAAGAGUGCUUCAAUGCUAUCAUGGUCAAUAUCCAGCGGCGAGUCGCUCCCUGUUCAAUGAUGAGAAUAUGGUUGCUGCCUGUAAGGUGACCGAGCAACAUUUUAUAAGCAUCGACUGUAAUGAGGGGAAUCAAAUGGAAAUGCAGGCAAAUCGGGACAGGCAUUGGAAUGCAGCAACAGAGUUUUCCUUACCUGAUUACCAACAGGAACAAGACAGAAAUUGUGCCAUCAACUCAUGCACUUGUUGUGCCCCCAAGCAUUCACUUAACAAUCAUGAAUGUGCCUGGAAAAGGCCGACUUUUAGGUCACAGCAACAAUUAAGCAAUUCCCCCAAUCAGAGUUCUUCCUUCAUAAUGUGCUGUCAUCACCAGCAGACAUCCUCGAAUGGCCCAACCGAACUACUUGCCCAGCAGCUACAGAACCAGAUGAAUCGGGCACAGUUACAAAUAUCAGAGGUGCAAGUGCAACUAAACAAGGUAUCUGGUGCAUCUAAGAUACAACAAGUCAAGGGGCAUGCACAUGUAGAGUCAAAUAAGCAAACGCGUACAGAUUGUGGCAGAGAAUCACUUGCAUUGGAUAACGAAGACGCAACGAUAGCUCCACCCGUGCAGUGUCCAAGUAAUUCAGAUGUACAAUAUUUGAUGGCGCCAGCACCCGUAAUGGGCUUGGACUUACAUGCCUUACAACAGGCAGCGACCGAAGCACGAGAGGCACACUGUCAGUACUGUGAUGCUGCAUCUAGAGCUGCAGUGCAGAGCCAACAAUGCUUUUACAUACCUGCUCAAUAUAGUAUGGAACAUAAACAACAGCAAUCGUACCAGCAGCAGCAAGCAUGUCAGCAGGAGUGGCAGCAACAACAGCAGCAACCAUGCCAACAGCAUCAACCGUACCAGAAGCAACAACCAUACCAGCAGCAGCACCAGUCGUACCAGCAGCAACAACCAUACCAGCAACAGCAGCAGCAACAAUACCAGCAGCAACCACCAUACCAGCAGCAGCAACUACCAUACCAGCAGCAGCAACAAUACCAGCAGCAGGCAACGUGUCCAAGUAUUCAUUGCCAUCGACCGUGUUGCAGGAAACGCUAUGCUCGGAUGCAUUUCAUGAUGCCACGCUGCUGGCAGGGUCGCUGAAGGGGGAGGCCAACAAAGAUGCGCCAAAAGGAGUUCGUAACGUAACGUGCUUUGUACAGUGAAAACGGAUUGCAACGACGACCUUUUGUAUAAAGUAUGCUACAUUACAAGCUUGAUUCACAUACGGAGAGUGUUAUCCAAAAGAAAAUCCAAUUCGAUCAAGGCUUCCAUUUCAAGUUAAAUAUUUUAUUAAUGUCGCUUACGCAUAAACUUAAGUAUAUAAAUUGUCAAAAUAGAUAAGGCUUUCAGAAAUAAAACGUGUGCAGAGUUUA